GUGGAAAUUCGACCUGCACCCGGUCGCAAGAGGCCUCAUGAGGAUGUUGAAGUCGUAGAAGUGGAUGAUGAUGGCUUCGAUGGCCCCCUCCGCGCGGAUCCUGUGGAUGCCUCCAGCUUUGAGCAGCCGGACGCCUCGGACGAGGAAGAUAUCCGCGUUGUCCUUUGCGAGGGAGGGCCCAAAAGUGGUGGAAUGAGCUACUACCUCAGCAGACACUGGGAACGUCACGACGGGGAGGAAGAGAAUGGACUGGCACUGGUAUCACCAGAAGAGCCAGAGCCGCAAGAUGAGGCCAGUUCUGGCCCCGGGCGCGUUCAACCGGCGCGCUUCGUUGUUGUCGCCAUGGGUGGCCCGACCUUGUUCGAUGACCCUGUGGCGUUGCACUGCAAAGAUGCUGCGAAGCAAUGGCUCCAAGCAAGCGACCCUUUGAUCCAAGACUUUGGAGCCAGGUUGAUGGCGGUCCUUUCUUCCCAAGAGGUGUCGAUGAGCCAAAGAGGUCCCCACGUGCCACCGGAGGGCCUUGUGCCAGCAGAGUUUCAGCACUAUCCUUGGGAUGUUGGGACUUUACUGGGCCCAGCUGAGCAUAAGAAUCGGAGCAAUUUUCGAAGCGCACCCAUGCGUCAGUUCUAUGCUUUUGACGACUCGAAUGGUGUGGGUUUGCGCCUGGGAGUAUUUUGGACUGCUCCACAGUGGCACUACUCACUACAUUCCUAUAAGUCUUUGGAGCUACAUCAUCGGCUCAGGGGGAAAGGGCAGUACUUUACCAGAAAUGCAGAGGAAGUGGAGGCGAUUCCAAUGGCUCCUGGUGACACCUAUCUGCACCUUCCAAGCAACAUCUAUGGCUUUGAGUCUUGGGACGAGCCGCUCCUCACCUUGUGGGCGGAACGUGUGGUGGAUCCGGGUCGUGUGCCACGUCUCCUCUCCGAGCUGCAGGUCAUGGCCUCAGAUCAGGUGACAACGACGUUGAAGCGGGCGGCACAUCUCUGGCUGCAGUCUGAGGAUCCAGCCGUGGAGCUGUUUGGCCGGAAACUGCUGGUGAUGCUCAAACCGCGGAUGAAGUUGGUAGAGAAGCAUGCUCCACCGGAAGGGAUGGUGCCAAAGGACUUUCGCAGUGCUCCCUGGUAUCCAAGCCUCGCGUACACCAGUUGCAAUGAUUCCACUCUGAUAGAACUCAGAGACUGCAUCAUGUACAAGAGUGAGGACGCCAUGUUUGGGAUGUUCUAUCUGCCACCUGGGGUUUAUUACCCAGCACACCGCCAUGAGCCAAUGGAAAUCUACCAUGUGAUCCAGGGCAAGGCGCGUUUCUUCCUGGCGGAUGACGAGGCCGCCGCGCAGUGUUCGGCGGAGAUCCAUGGCCCAGAGUCGUUUUGGCUGCAUCAGCCCUAUCAAUCUCAUGGAUUGCAGACCUUGGACCUUCCCGUGAUCAUCUGCUGGGGAUGGAUUGGAGAACUUGAGGAUUCGGAUUUUCACUAUCUGCCUGGCUGUGAGGAUCGGAGGAUUCCAAGAACUGCACCGUGUUCCUAUUCACUGCUGCACCACGAUAUCCUGGUGGGGCGUGCCAUCAUGGCCACGGAGAACAAGAUGUCCAAGGUGACCUUUCACAUGGACGAGGCCGAGUUGGCGGAUGCUCCCUGGCGGGGGCCCAUGGCGAAUCAAUCGGAUUUCUUCAACUUUGGGCUGACGGAAGGUGAGUUCAAG